CGCCCCCGCCGCCAUCUUGGUCCAAGAGGGAGCUUGUCGCACGCGUGAGUAAACUGCCCGAGUCGCCAAAGUCAGGCUUUGGCAGCCUGCAAGUGCAGCGGCGCAGUGGCGGAGAGGACGCUGUCCUGAACAUUGGUGGCCGACAUGACGGCCCCAGGUCCGAGCCCUCUCGCGCCGCUGUUGGAGACACUGGAAGACUCUUCCGCCUCCCUGGGCGAGCAGACGGAUGCCUACCUAACUUUGACCAGUCGGAUGACUGGAGAAGAAGGAAAAGAAGUCAUCAUAGAAAUUGAGAAAAAUCUUCCUCGGCUGUACAGAGUUUUAAAGAGUCAUAUUUCCAGUCAAAACUCAGAACUGUGUAGUGCUGCUCUACAGGCCUUGGGGUUUUGCUUAUAUAAUCCCAAAAUUACUUCAGGAUUAUCAGAGGCAAAUAUUCAAGAAUUGCUUUCAAAAUUGAAUAAUAUUGUUAAGAAUUCAGACAAAAAUGUAUGCACCAGGGCACUUUGGGUAAUAUCCAAACAGACGUUUCCCGCUGAAGUUGUUGGAAAAGUGGUUUCCAGUAUAAUUGACUCAUUAGAAAUAGUAUUUAAUAAAGGAGAGAUACAUUCUGCCGUUGUUGAUUUUGAAGCAUUAAAUGUUAUCAUAAGGCUAAUUGAACAAGCUCCAGUUCAAAUGGGAGAAGAGUCAGUGAGGUGGGCAAAAUUGGUCAUACCUUUAGUGGCUCAUUCAGCACAAAAGGUUCAUUUGAGGGGAGCCACUGCUCUGGAGAUGGGAAUGCCAUUGUUGCUUCAGAAACAACAAGAAAUAGCAUCUAUUACAGAGCAGCUUAUGACUACUAAAUUAAUUUCAGAACUCCAAAAGCUAUUUAUGAGUAAAAAUGAGACCUACGUGUUAAAAUUGUGGCCUUUGUUUGUCAAACUUCUUGGAAAGACUUUGCAUCGAAGUGGAAGUUUCAUCAAUUCUUUGUUACAUUUGGAGGAACUGGGAUUUCGUAGUGGAACACCCAUGAUUAAAAAAAUAGCUUUUAUUGCAUGGAAGAGUUUAAUAGAUAAUUUUGCCUUAAAUCCAGAUAUUCUGUGUAGUGCAAAAAGACUCAAGUUGUUAAUGCAGCCUUUGAGUUCCAUCCAUGUGAGAACAGAAACUCUAGCAUUAACAAAGCUAGAAGUCUGGUGGUAUUUACUGAUGAGACUUGGACCUCAUCUCCCUGCAAAUUUUGAACAGGUUUGUGUUCCUCUGAUUCAGAGUACAAUUAGCACUGAUUCUUGUGUCUUACCUCAAGGCAAUUCAUCUCGUAUAGCUACUUCUCCAGGUUUAAGUCCUAUGACUCCUGUACACAAAGGUGCUUCCCCCUAUGGAGUUCCUGGAACUCCACGCAUGAACAUGAGUUCAAAUUUAGGUGGAAUGGCCACAAUCCCUUCCAUUCAACUUUUGGGACUUGAAAUGUUGCUUCAUUUUUUGAUGGGUCCAGAAGUAUUGAGUUUUGCUAAGCAGCACAAACUUGUGUUGAGCUUAGAGCCACUUGAACAUCCAUUAAUCAGCAGCCCUUCAUUUUUUUCCAAGCACGCACAUACACUUAUUACUGCUGUGCAUGAUAGCUUUCUUGCAGUUGGAAAGGAUGCUUCUGAUGCAGUUGUCAGUGCUGUCUGGAAGGAGCUAAUUAGCUUGGUGAAAUCAGUUACUGAAUCAGGUAACAGAAAAGAAAGAUCAGGGUCUGAAGUUCUGACCCUCCUACUAAAAUCUUUGGAAAGUAUAGUAAAGUCAGAAGUAUAUCCUGUGUCAAAAACAUUGGUCCUCAUGGAAAUUACAAUUCAAGGACUUCCUCAGAAAGUAUUAGGUUCACCAGCAUAUCAGGUUGCUAAUAUGGAUAUUCUUAAUGGAACUCCAGCUUUGUUCUUAAUUCAAUUAAUUUUCAACAAUAAUCUCCUGGAAUGUGUAGCAGAUGAAAGGUUUUUUCUCAAUCUUGAAACACUUGUAGGUUAUGUGCUUUCUGGUCCAACUUCACCAUUAGCUUUUAGUGACUCAGUAUUAAAUGUUAUUAAUCAAAAUGCAAAGGAAUUGGAAAACAAGGAGCAUCUCUGGAGAAUGUGGAGUAUUAUAGUCACGCCAUUAACUGAAAUGAUUAAUCAGACCAAUGAAGUGAAUCAAGGUGAUGCAUUAGAACAUAAUUUUAGUGCCAUCUAUGGUGCACUUACUUUGCCAAUCAACCAUAUUUUUUCAAUACAGAAAUUUCCUCUGGCUACCAUGAAGACUUUACUUAGAAGUUGGUCAGAAUUAUAUAGAGCAUUUGCUCGCUGUGCUGCCUUGGUGGCAACAGCAGAAGAGAAUUUGUGCUGUGAAGAACUUUCUUCCAAGAUAAUGUACAGUUUGGAAGAUGAAUCGCUUUCAAAUUUGUUGUACUUGGACAGGAUUGUUCAUAUUAUUACUGUAAUGGUUGAUUGCAUCGAUUUUUCACCAUAUAAUAUUAAAUAUCAGCCCAGCGUUAAAUCACCACAGAGAUCUUCAGAUUGGUCCAAAAAGAAGAAGGAGCCCCUAGGGAAAUUGGCUUCUUUAUUUAAACUUAUUGUGAAAGUGAUCUAUUCUUUCCACACUCUGAGCUUCAAAGAAGUAUAUUCUGAUACUCUACUUGCUAUUGGCACCUCGAUCACCAACAUGCUUUCCAAUGUUUUUGGACAUAUUUCUCUGCCAUCUAUGAUCCGAAAAAUAUUUGCAACUUUAACAAGACCCUUGGCAUUAUUUUAUGAAAACUCAAAGCUUGAUGAAGUUCCAAAAGUGUACAGUUGUCUGAACAACAAGUUAGAAAAGCUCUUAGGAGAAAUUACUGCUUGCCUACAGUAUAGCUACACUGGAAUUUAUGACAGUGAACUUCUUGAACUGCUUUCUCCACUGUUCUGUAUAAUAUUUUUGCACAAGAAUAAACAGAUUCGAAAACAAAGUGCUCAGUUCUGGAAUGCCACAUUUGCUAAAGUGACCAUGUUGACUUACCCUGAGGAAUUAAAACCUGUACUAAGACAAGCCAAACAGACACUUUUACUUCUCUUGCCUGGUUUGGAAAGUGUUGAAAUCAUGGAGGAAUCCAGUGGACCAUAUUCAGAAGUAAUGGAAAACUCACAAUUAAAUGUGAAGAUAAGUGGUAUAGAAAGAAAAUCAAGUGGAAAAAGAGAUUCCUUUUUGACACAAACAAAGGAUAAGAAAGAAAAUGUGAAACCAUCAGUCAAACUAAAAUUAGAAUCUUCAUCUCCAAAAGUAAAGAGUGAAAUGCUGUUGGAAGAGGAAAAGUCAGAAGAUUUUGUGUUUAUUCCUCCAGAAGAAAAAGAAGCAAAGGAAAGAAUAUUAACUGAACAUCAAAAAGAAGUACUCAAAACAAAACGGUGUGAUAUUCCUGCCAUGUAUAAUAAUCUGGAUGUUUCACAAGAUACCUUAUUUUCUAGUCAUUAUAGUCAGGAAGAGUCUGUGGAAACACCUAAUUCAAGUGAAAAACCAAUGGAAGAUUCUGAAAUGAUAAUUAAGGAAAAGCAAAUGCAGCAUGACAGUGUUAUUCCUCAAGAUACCAAGGAAAACUGUGGUAUGAAUGAACAUCUUGAAAAGGCUUCUGUUUCAAAUAAUGGAUGUAGUUCUGUUGAGGAAACCAAUCCAGAAGUAUUAAUGACCAGUAGUAAUGAUGUCAGAAAAAUCACCUUAACUUCAUCAAAGAAAGCUUCAACUGAAUGUAUACCUAAUGCAGAAAGUUCAUUUGUUGUCAACAGCUCAGUUUCUAAUUCCUCUAUUUCUGGAACUCCCCCACAGCCUACAAGUCGAAGGCAAACCUUUAUUACGUUAGAAAAGUUUGAUGGUUCAGAAAAUAGACCUUUCAGCCCGUCCCCCUUGAAUAGUAUAUCAUCAGUUGUUACAGUGAAAAAUAACCAGGAAAACAUGACUAAAACAGAUACUACUUUAAAAACAAAGAAAAGAGAAGUGACUCGAUCAAAAUCUGAUUCAGAGAAAGUGGUGAAUGGAGUUAAGAGAUCAAGCCGGAGAUCUAGUAAAGCUGAGCAGUCUGGAAAUAAAAAGUCUAAGCCCUUAAUGAAAUCUGAAGAAGAGAAAAAUACUCAGGAAUCUACCGAAGACAUGAUAGCCUUAGAAAAUAACCCACCUGGUUUUCUUAAUCAAACAGAAUGUGUGCAGAAUAAUCAGGAUCAUCUUUCUGAACCUACAGUGGAGUAUGAAGACACAAAGCCUAAAUCAACAAUAGAAAAUGAUGUAGUGUUGGAAAAUAAUACUGUGGAAGAGAAAAAUGGAGAGGUUAAUUUUGAAUCCAAAGAAAAUACACCCCCAGUCAUAAUACCAGCAGAUCAAAUGGGAAAUGAAGAGAAUCAGGUUCAGAUAACUUCAAACCAAAAAACCCUUAGACGAUCUUCAAGGCGACGUUCAGAAAUAAUAGAGUCAACCACUGAUAGCCAAGAUAAAGAAAAUAGUCACCAAAAAAAGGAAAGACGUAAGGAAGAAGAAAAAUCUCUUCAAAAGAGUCCAUUGCAUGUAAAAGAUGAUGUGUUACCUAGGCAAAAACUGACUUCUGAACAUGCAGUACAGGAAAAUUUAGUUGAGAAAGGAAAUAAUUUACAUGAGAAAACUUUGGGGGAAACCAGUGCUAAUGCUGAAAUUGACCAAAAUAAAAGUAAACCAGACCUUGAGAAUAUUAGUUCUGAAGCAGAUAGUGCCCAGGACAUUGCUGAUAAGUCUUCUGAGAAACCUUUAAGAGGACGAACGCGUUAUCAAACAAGAAGAGCAUCUCAGGGUUUGCUUUUCAGCAUUGAGAACUCAGAAUCUGAUAGUUUUGAGGCAAAAGAAGAAGGAUCAAGGAAGAAGAGAUCUGGAAAGUGGAAAAACAAAAGUAAUGAUAGUGUUGACAUGGAAGAACAAGAAGAAAAAAUGGUACAAGAGUGUAUAAAAGUUGAAAAUCAGACGCCUGAGUCUAAAGCAAUUUCUGAAGUAGAUAUGAAAUCUCAGAUUUGUGAAACAGGUGAAAGUACUGUGGUAAUACCUCAGGAAUCUAAAAUAUCUUCAGAUUUGUUGCAAGCUUCUGAUGAUGUACCAAAUACACAUGAAGGAAAAAGUAAGACUAGCAAAAGCACAGAAAAUUCCUUUACAUGGCCACCUGUGCCAGAAUCAAAUCUAAGGACUAGAAAUGCCAAUAAAAGGUUACAUAAGGGAGAUUCUGAUAGUGUGGGAGAGUGUUCAAAAGUGGGGCCAUCAAGCGUUGCUUUGCUUUCUGGAAAAAGUAUUCAAAUUGUUGAAUGCCAGCACAAGAGAAGUAGGAGGGUCAGGCGAUCUAAAGGUUGUGACUGCUGUAGGGAAAAAUCAGAGCCCCAGGAAAAUUCAUUUAUUGGGUUAAGGAACAUAGAAAAUGAUGAUGAAAAGAAUAGUGAAACAAAAGCAGAUGUGCAGACACCUGGAACUGUAUCAAAAAGUUGUGAUGCUAAUCUGCAUUCUGAAGUAAAAAUUUUAGAUGAACAUCCUAGUGUGAAUUUUGAUUUGGGUCUCAAGGAGGAGAACGAUACUAUAAAUGAUUUAGUAAUUGUACCUGAAACUGAAUUGAAAGAAAAUACUAUUGAAAAAUCUGUUCCUCCUGAAAUAGUAACUUUUAAGGAGGGUACUUGUGAUAUGGAUUCUGGUGUAGCAACGUGUCUUGAAAAUGAGGAGCCAUCUAACAUAUUAAAAGUUGUGGGCCCAUGUGCAUGUGAUUCCAUGGACAUUUCACAGAAAUGUUCUCCUUUGGACACUAAAAAAAGGAAACGAGAGUUUUCUCCAGAAGAAGUUAACAUUGUUAAUGUUGAAGGAAAUGCAUGUAAAGCAACAGUGGGAUCAAAUCUGGAAGAAGUAGAAGCUAUGGAAUUGGAUAUAAAAAGUGAUAAAUCUGAAACUAGCUUAGAAAAAGAUAAAUCUGAAGCUAACUUGGUUGAGAAAAAGAGUGCCAAAAUAGAUAUUUCUGAAGAAACGGUAGCAGAGGGAAAUACUAAAAGUGGCAUACCUGAAGCAGAUAAAGCUGAAGAAGUCAAUGCUGAAGAAUUGAAUGCUGAAGCAGCUGCAGCACAGGAAUAUAACUCAGGUACUGGUCUUUCUGAUAAAACCACACCUAUAAAUGUGAAUCCUCAGACGGAGAUUUCUGAACAAAAAGCAAACGGGAAAUUGGGUGGAGGAAGUAAUGAAUCUGAUCUAGGCUCACUUGGAGAAAUCAAUUCUGAAAUUGAAAAUUAUGAAAAAACAGUGAUUGAGCAGGUGAAUUCUGAAACUGACAGUGUCGAGGAAACAAAGGACAGGGACAGGACUACCAAAACCUCUAAGCCAGAAGAAGCUCAAACAGAAAGAUUGAAUGUAGAAACUGACAACUUUAUUCCUGACACACUUGAAAUGAACACUGAAGAAGGAAAGAUUGAAUGUAAUAAAACUGAAACUAAUAUUGAACUUAUUAAAUCUGAAGAAAUGAAAUUAGAUGACAAUCAAGUGGUAGUAGGAAAUGAUACUUUACAGGAAGUUCAUCAUACUUCAGAGACAAUGGAGGAAACAUUACAGUCUUCGUCAUCUGAAACAGCUAUCUCUGAACUGGUAACAGAAGAUAAUAAUGCAUCUCCUCAAAAAUUAAGGGAGCUUGAUCCUUUACUUUUGUCUGCAAACGACAGUCCUAGUGGUAUGCAAACACGAUGUGUCUGGUCCCCAUUGGCUUCUCCAUCUACCAGCAUUUUAAAGAGAGGACUGAAAAGACCCCAAGAAGAUGAGAUCUCCUCACCUGUUAAUAAGGUUCGACGUGUCUCAUUUGCAGAUCCAAUAUACCAAGCAGGAUUGGCAGAUGACAUUGAUAGGCGAUGUUCCAUUGUUAGGUCCCAUUCUUCAAGUAGUUCUCCCAUAAUGAAAAAUGUUAAAACAUCACCUACUGCACAAUCUAAGCAUAAUACCACUUCAGCUAAAGGAUUUCUGUCCCCAGGAUCACGUAGCUCUAAAUUUAAGAGCUCAAAGAAGUGUUUAAUAACAGAAAUGGCCAAAGAAUCCAUUCCAUGCCCAACAGAAAGUGUUUACCCAGCUUUGGUGAACUGUGCAGCACCAGUUGACAUUAUUUUGCCUCAGAUAACAUCAAAUAUGUGGGCAAGAGGCCUAGGACAACUUAUCAGAGCCAAGAAUAUAAAAACAAUUGGCGAUCUGAGUUCUCUUACAGCAUCUGAAAUAAAAACUCUUCCUAUCCGGUCUCCCAAAGUUUCUAACGUAAAAAAGGCUCUUAGAGUGUAUCAUGAACAGCAGGUAAAAUCUCGUGGAUUAGAAGAGAUUCCAAUUUUUGAUAUUACUGAAAAAGCAGUAAAUGGAAUAGAAAAUAAGUCUCUCUCAACUGAUGAAGAACGACUUGCCUCAGAUUUACUUGAUCCUGUUCCCUUUGAAACUCCAUUAUCUAAAAAUCUUGUUGCACAGAUUAGUGCUCUUGCUCUUCAACUGGAUGCAGAAGAUCUCCACAGUUAUUCAGGAAGCCAGCUAUUUGAAAUGCAUGAGAAACUUGGUACUAUGGCAAACUCUAUAAUAAAAAAUCUGCAGUCACGAUGGAGAUCAACAGCCCAUGAAAAUUCCAUUUAGUGUUUUAAGAUAAAUUGAAUUUUUUAAAACAUCCCCAGAUUUCUUGAUUGGUAUAUUUCAGACUUGUUUUAUCAAUCAGUUUAAAAGGGGAGACCUCAAGGUUGAUAACAUUUCAAACCUGUGAAGGGCAGUGACUUAAUAAGUUCAGUUUUGUAAGAUCAUUAAGUAAGAUCUUUUUUCCCCAUUGUUACUUGGCUGCUAUAGUUUUUCAAGAAAUUUUAAAUACCGUAUUUAGAUUUGAAAGCAAAAGCAGAAACAAGCAUUCAUUUUAUUUCAUAUUUUUAAACUCCAUGCAUAUUUUGGUUAAACAUGUAAUGCAAAAUACUUUAAUGUUGAAAAUUUUUAUUUGAUUUUUGCUAAACUGAUAAAGGCAUUUAUAGUUUGUUUGUUUAAUUGUUCAUAUAUAUAUUGUGCCUGAGGUUCAGGAAAUUUGUUUUUUGUAAAAGGCCUCAAAUGGGAUGUAAAAAAAACUGGGACCUUUUCCCCACAAAUGUCACCUUUGGACAAUUUCGGGAAAAAUACCAAAAGUUUUAAUUUCUUGAGGUAGAAAUAUUAUUGUAGAAUUUCUCAGAUUCCCUUCAUUUGAAUUAGCAAGUAUUUGUGCAGCAGCCUGUGAAAAUUUAUUAGACAUAGUAUUCCUUUCUAAAUGCAUGACUGUUUGUACAUUAUGUGUAGAUGACUUUUUAAUUUAUAAAUUUCAGCCUUCAUUAAUUGCAUGAUUUUUUUUGCAGCUUCUUGUGAAUACCUUGGUUUUCCUUACUAGAAACAUUUUGUAUAUAUUUAAUAUUGAAAUAUCUGUGUGGACAGAAGAAGUGCUUCAUGUGUUUGCUGCAGAUAUUUGUAGGCUUAUGUAUCUGCAUAUAAAACAACAAUUAGUUUUAUAUUUAAUUAAUAGUUAAAACAUGAGCUUAGCCAGGCCCAAUGGCACACACCUGUAAUCCCAAUGACUUCAGAGGCUUAGACAGAAGGGUUACAAGUUUAAGGUCAGCCUGGCCAACUUAGUGAGACCCUAUCUCAAAAUAAUACAAUAAAGAAUGGCUGGGGGUGCAGCUCAGUGGUAGAGGGCUUGCCUAGCAUGCACAGGUACUGGGUUCAAUCCCCAGUACCACUUUUUUAAAAAAAUAUAUAUUUUUUCUAAAGUAUUCUAAAUGAGAAAAUGUUACAGGAUAGCUUUGAAAUUCAUGCCCUUAGCUUUUUUUUUUUUUUUUUUUUUCUUUUGGUUUGGAAGCGAAUACCAGCCACUAGAAAGCGUGCCUCAUUACAUUUCUUCUUAAUGGAGAGUUAGAAUGAAUAUUUUCAUUGCAAGUUGGACUAUAAGAAGUCUAGAGAUUAUCUGCUUUAUUCAUCUUUAACUAAAAUUAAACUUGGAAGAAAUUUGAAACUGUUUUUAUACGUGUAUCUUUUGCCUAUUUUUUUAUAAAGGGGGUGUGUAUAAUUAUUUGUAAAUUUUUACCAACUAGUGUUAGCACCUGACUUCCCAUAUUUGUUUUGUCUUUUUAAUUGAGCAUGUACCUCACUUACUCUCAAUAUAUCAGUGAGUUUCACACUUGAUUCAGAACCUAGUCCCUACUUGAAAAGGCAUGUUUCUGCAGUAAGUCAUAGAAAGUUUAAUCCUUGCAUCUAUUUACGUCAGGUCUCCUUUUUUCAACAGGGAACUUCAUCCAACUUCUAUGAAAGUUUUUUUUUCUAUAAUCAUAAAUAUAGAUAUUUUUGGAUCUAAAUACGAUAUAUACACCAGCGAUGGUUUUACAAAGAAAUUCUUUUGAUUUUUGAACUAAGGUUUGUAGCUUGGAGAAAACUAAGGGAAAAAAAUAAAUGAGUUUUUAGUGAAAAGUUGUGAAUAAAAAGGUGUGUGUGUAUGUUUGGGGUAAGUGUUAACAGUAGACAUAGACAUGAGUCAAAAUUAGCUCAUUUUAUGACUGCAUAUCUUAACAUUUGAAUGAACUAAAUUAAUUUGUUGGUGGAAUGAAGUCCUUAGGAAGCUGAAUAGUAAAGCAGAAAAUAUAACCAAAAUGAUUACCAUUUAUUAAAUUAUUUGAUUUGAUAGAAGCACAGGUAUUAGUUAAAACAAAUUAUGGUUCAGUGAUAUGUUUAAAAAUACUAUUUUGAGGGAAAAGGCCAGCUUGUUAUGUAUCUUUUUUCUUGGUAUGGUUAUAAGCAUACAUUUUAAUCACCUUUCAGUAUUCUUGCCUGAAAACUUUCUACUGAUUUUCCCUGAAUGAUUCCUGAUAUUGCCAAAAAAAAAAAAAAAAAAAAAAACAGAAAGAAAAAGAAAAAAUUUUUUGAUCAGCUCUGAUGUUUUGUUCCAUUAUUAAAAUGAAGUUUGUUUUUCAUCUCUUUUCUAAUGUUUAAAUAAAACAAUGGCAGAUAUUGAUAACACUCAAAUGUGGUUUCUUAAUUUUUUAUGGUUUUAAGGAUGAAUUUAGUGGCAAUUAGAACUGUAGUAUAAUUUUUCAUAAAUGUUAAAUCUGGUGAAAAUUCAAGUGGUACUAUGGAAUCCAUUCAUUUUGGGUCCAUUGCUAAAAGUUCUUUGCUGUUUCAAUAGGUUUGAAAACCGUUGUUAAGGUGGGAAUGUAGCUCAGUGGUAAAGGACUUCCCUAGUGUGCCUGAGGCCCUGGGUUCAAUCCUAGCCCAGUAAAAACAAAAUGCUGAAGAAUGUGAAGCUCUAUUAUUAAUUCUAAACAAUGUAGGUUAAAUCAAAGUUAAUGCUUCAUCAGUAAUACAGUCAAAAAUAUGAUUGAAAUUUGAACUUCAAAAGUAUAAUAAUUCUAACAUUGCCCAUUGUUCAUUCUUCCUGUACAGUUUGAAGGUAGUCAGAUUCUGUUACAUAUUUAAGCAUUGUAAAAACGUGAAUAAGUGGGAGAUUCAGAACUGGGGUAAAAUGGUACAAAUCUGAAUAUGUAAGUGAGGCUGUGUUUUUUGUUGUUAUUUCUUUAGGUAAAGUAAUAAGAAUAAUUUUUAAAAAGUGCUGUUUUUAAUGCUUUCUUAUAGAGUUAACAUUUUCUCCUAAAGCCAUUCCUUGCAACAUUGACUUUGUCUUACUCUUCAUAACUGAUUUGCAGAGGUAGUUUGUUAGCUAAGCUAGGAGGUUGUAAUGCAGUUAUUGGCAUUAUUAGGAUUAGACUUGUAUGGUGGCAUGCAGUUGUGUAUUGGGGUUUAUUUGCUUGUUACCACAACCCAUGUCCAUUUGAAAACUCUUAUUCUCUCUGUAUACAAACAUUAGACUGAAGUUUUGAUUUUAAACACAGUGCUUCUCAAUCUAGGAGGUGUGUGUAAAAAAUGUGGAUUCAAAUUCUGAAGGUCUUGAGAUGGGGCCUGAGAGUCUGCAUUUCUAUUAGACUUCUAGGGGAUUCAUAUAGGUAUUGAUGUCAAUGGACUGUUCUAACAGUAGAUGGGCCUAAGAGGUUUUAGAGUGUCCAGAAGGUUUUGCUAACCCAAGCAGAUUUAAGUCCUUAGGAAUAUUGCCACAAAACAUAGAAGCUAGACCUUCAUAACUUUUCCAAGUCUAUAAAUUGAGGAUGCAGACUACAAAUUAAAGUGUGAUUUUUUUUUUUUUUUUUUUUUUUUUUUUAAAGAAAGUUAAGGGUAGAAUUUUUCCUCUUCAGGGAGUCUUUUUAAAAAUAUGAAUUAUUUUUAAAAAUAGAUUCACAAAAGACUUUUAAAUCUUUAGAUUUAACUUUAUAGAAUCUUCUUAGGUAUAAGAUUAGACACAGUGCUUUCUCACGUGGCUUAUGUUCUCAUUUUGGGAGUGUUAAUAUUAAUGUAGAUUUUCAAAUACUAGAAAUACAUUCACUCCCUAAGCCUUGCUGUGUGUAUUAUGACUCUUCAUUAUUAAUAAGCCUUGAAGACAGACACUAUGCCUAAGACUCAUUUAGUAAUUAAGUUAGUAAUUCUAUGACGAAGUCAUAUUUGACAGUCACACCUUGUCAUUUUUCUGAGUAUCUCUGGUGACUUAAUUUGCUGGGAGAUUUUGUGGUUGGGAAUUCCUAUUUCAUUAUAAUGUGAAGUUUGAAAGAUAAGAGUUGAACAGUUUGAUCCUCUAAAAGUGACUUUCUUAGAAUUCUGUUUAGGUAACAGAUUUCUUUCACAGAUUUAAAUUACUUGUGUGUAAGAACUUACUUCAUUCAGUGUGCUUCAGAAAAUGCAGACAAAAGUUAAGUAAUGGGUAUCUUUAAUUGUUUUAUCAAGAUUUAUUGAUUGCUUUUUUGCAGGGGGGUGGUUGAUGGCUGAGUUAAUGGUAGGUCUGUUAAUGUGCCUGACUUUACAUUUUGCCUUUUGGAUGUAUUCAUUAAAAUCUGAGUUCUUCAGGUUUGAGGGUGUGUAGAUAUUAGUCUUGCAGAAUUAUGAAAUUUCAUUCAGUCAUUGAAUUUUUGGAACAUAUGUUGAAUUAUAUAAUAGGAUCUUAACCAUUUUCUCCUUUAUACAGUAAGCUUUGUUCUCUUCAAAUAGCACUUAAAGUCCAGACAUGAUGGGCUAAGCUGUUAAACCCCUGGGGAAAACAAAUACUAUAAGGAUAAAAGACAACCCCUUCACUUCACUGAGACUGUAAAUUUCUUGUGUGUGUAUGUGUGUGCAUGCAGAUUUUUUGAAGGCAAUUUUUAUUUAUUUAUUUAUUUAUUUUUUAGUUUUAGUUGGACACAAUAUCUUUUUUUUUUUUUUUUUUUAAAUGUGGUGCUGAGAAUCAAACCCAGUACCCCAUGCAUGCUAGGUGAGCACUCUACCACUUGAGCCACAACCCCAGCCCUUUGAAGGCAGUAUUUUCAAUUGUUUGUACCAUAAAGAAGAAAAAGGCCUGUGUAACUUAUUCUCUUCCUAUAGCAGGAAGCGCUUGCCUAGCACAUAUGAGGCCCUGGUUGUGAUUCCCCAGUGUCAUACACGUGAAUUUGAAGAAGAGUAUCAUGAGCUGAAAAUAGAAUGUAGUGUAAUAACUUUUUAUACAUAAUUGAGUAAAAGUUUCUGAGGCAUCUUAUUUUUAUAGAAUGUUUUUCUAAGAGAAAAUGGAAUUAAGAGAAUUGGUUACAAAUACAGAAACUGAUGGAUGGCAGUCUUUAAGUUUUUAUAGAGCAGGAAUUAGCAGACUACAAGCUGCCACCUAUGUUUUGGACUGCCAUUGAGCUACAACUGGUUGUUACAAUUUUUCUGAUUGAUUGGAAGUCGUUGAAAGAAUAUUUUGAAAAUGUAAUUUUAGUGUUUAUAAAGUUUAUUGAAACACAGUCAUGCUUACUAAUGUACUGUCUUCCUAUAAAAUGGUAGAAUGGAGUAGUCAGAUCCAUGUCUCCUAAAAUCGCUGGCCCUUUGUCAUUCCCUGUUAUAGAGGAUAAUUUUGUUUGUAUGUGGUAUGUGAUCAGUUUGGUUAUUUGUAUCCUCGCUUACAGAUUGGGGUCUGGACUCCUCUGUUACACACAUUAGGUUUCAUUUACAAAGUGGAUUCCCCUGAUACAAUUUUGUCUUUGAGUACUGCUCAAAAUCACAUAUACAAAGAAGUACCAGUGCUUUUUUAAGAAUAACCCACUUUUUUUUCUUUUUGCAGUGUGGGGAAUUGAACCCUGGGCCUCACCCAUGCUAGUGCUCUGCCACUGAAACAAAUCCCUAGCCCACGUUUUCCUCAAACGUUAAAAGUAUAGUGAGAUGUUUGCCAGGGAUUUUGGUGGUCUGAGGGAAACAGAACCUGGCACUGAUACAUUAAACCACACCUGUGAAAUAAAUUAUGGCACAGGACUUUGCUUUCUGUGUUGGUGAAUUAUUGAUUUAUUUCAGUCUAUUUUAAUACUACCUCCUCGGAUAUCCCUUUUAUGCAUUUAGAUUGAUACGAACGAAUUCAGUCCUUUAUUAACCCUAUUUUUGUCACUGUCAGUUGGUAAACUCUGAGUGUUUACAUAAGCAUUUCAGAUUGAAUAGGAGUACUUGUUAAUUCCUUCAUUAAUUGCACUAGUAGAUGAAAAAUAGGGUGCAGCCAGAUUUGAUUAUGUAAUGCUCAUAAAAUGUUCAAAGCAGAUCUAAACUUACAAAGUGAGUGUUUCUGCUUGAUAUGACUGUAUUGAGGGAGGGCGAAUUUAUUUGAUGCACAAUAAAACCUUUCAUGAAUCA